GUUCCAUUGGCACGUGAACGGCGUGCAUGUCAAUCGUACUCGAUAGAUAGCUGCCGACGGCGGAAACACUGCCCAAAAGAGGACAAGCCUCACGGAAUGAACUCCAGCAACUUGCGUACUCCGAGUUCCCCUUGUCUCCAAUUUCUCUUUCACCAUUUAUUAUUUUCUUGUUCGUAUCGUAUCCAGGUAACGAGAAAAGGGCUUCUAAUCAAUCGUCAUCCUACCUCUUUGUCUUCUAUCAGUCUUUCCACGCAUGCCCCUAGGCUACCCUUAAUGCGCAAGGUUUUGUAUUUCGCAGCCUCGAACAUAGUCCCUAAUCUGAUUUUUGAUCGAGAAGCAGAAAUCCCCAUUCAAGAUAACUGAACGCAAUCAAAUCCCUGGUCACCAUUCUGCUAGGGACCUUGAACAGUUAUUCGCGCUUGCACAUCAUCCGGAUG